AUGAUCGCCAAUGACUGCAAACUCGAUAUUCUCCAACUAGGAGAGCGAUUUGGAUCUGUCACGGAGGUGAUGAACAUUCUGGCGCAGCAUCCCGAAUGGGAUAAAGCACCACGCCGUCUCAAACUAUCGAUGCUGGACCGGGCAAUGAAGGAGGUCAACUCACAGGCUGAUCAUCUCUCGCCUCAGCAUUGGAGAGGUGAUGUAAACGUCCGUCACGUCUCUCUCCAGACGGCUUGGUCGAGAGGAAGGAGGAUUGUUGAAGAGGAAUAUCCGAAAGCGAUCGCUGUGCUGGAGUCUGCUGAACUCACCUACCCACCCAUUGAUUUUCUGGCCCCCGGAGGGACCCUUCUUUUUGAUGCACCCCUACCACAAGAUGAUCUUGACGAGAGUCUGGAAUCAUUCACCUUUCCUUUACCCGUGUCUCCCGACCUCCCGGAAAUCUCUGGUGAAGUCGAUAUUACAGAGAUGGAAGGCCACGCUAGGUGCCAGACGGACCGAGAGAUCCAGACCGAAAUCGAAGAAGAACUCGGAAUUCUCAGCGACUUGCCUCAGGAGAAGGGAGGAAUCGAAAGAACACUCACGAUCAACGGCCAAUCGGUUCACAAGUCCCGUAUAUUGGCAAUGUACGGAAAGUACAGGAAGUCGGUCAGCUCUACUGACCGAUUGAAGCGUGUCCAGCAACUUGAACGCUAUACCUCGAAGCUCGAGCCGCAAGCCAACCCCCUCACCGGCGCACUGACGGAGGAGUCAUUUGUUAUGAUCCAUGACCCUGUUGCCACCCUCCUCUGCUCUGAAAAGCGGCUAUGGCUUUGUCUGGGCGAGGUCAACUCUAUCAGAUACGAUGGACAGCCUGUUGACAGACUUGUCCAUUCGCUUCUUUCCGAACCGGCGGUUUCUCUCAGAACGACUGGAGAACUGUUCCUUACCAUCCAGAGAGAACAUUCGAGGUUCCUGGGAGGCGCGCGUUACGAAUCUCAUGUUCCCAACCCAGGCAAGUCGUGCUUCAUCGCUGAAGGUCCAAAGGUCAACGAUAUAACCGACCUUGAACAUUGGUCACUCUUGGCCGUCGUUUCAAAGACGGAAGCAUACGUAUACCAGCUAAAAGGCAACUACGACACGUUCUGCUAUGAGUGCGAGGUGGCGACAAACUACAUGAAAGACCAAAGUCUUCGCGGUGGCUGCCAGGUCGGAACCAUCCCACUCUCCCAGCUGGACUGGUUAAAACAGAAGCUCAAGGAGGUCACCGUGAUUCGACACGACUUCAACUUCGACUGCCAAAACUGGGUCAUGGCCGCCAUUCAGGCCUUGAAAGACCACGGAGGUAUUAUCGCGCCCGGGACGACUGAGAGGAAGGUCCGGGCUGAGAUGGAGGAGGAGAAAGAAAGAUGGGAAGUGGCGGACGACAUCCUAUUCGAACGGUUAUUUCCUUGA